AAUUGAGAGGCCAAACAAGCCAAUUGUUGAGGUAAGCAGCUCCAGCAGCCAACGCAAACACGAUCGCGACAUCUCUCACGACGUAACGGAGGAAGGGCGGCUGGGUCGAAUCUCUGCGUUUUGGGUUCUUUCUCCUCGGUUGGAGGAGAGGAGUCGACUGUUAGAGCUUUGUUAAGCCCAAAUUCGCCAUUAUCAGAGCUCUGUUCCUCUCUCUCUCUCGCAGAAGAAAGAGAAAAGACUCUUUUUUUUUUCUCUUUUAUUAAUCCAUCGAUUCACAUCCAAUUUCAUAGUUUUGUUCAUCGAACCACUUUUGAUCGAUGAUUGAUUUUGUAGAAAAUGGAGGAACGUAGAAGAGAGGGAGAUGGAAGCGGAGGAGAUGACGCGUGGGUUACAAGAGGCGUCUGUUGUGUAGCCUAAUUAAAAAGCGUCCCUUAUGUUUAUUGCAAUUUUUUUUUUUUUAAAUUCAUAAUUAAACCAAAAGAAGUAAGAGGCCCGAUAAUUUUUUUUGGUAGGAAGAGGCCCCGAUAAUGAUGGUCUAUCUCUCGGCCUUACAGUACAGCACUACAGCCCAUAACAAUAAAGCUACCGACAUCAGCAAGAUAUUACUUACAAAGCCACGUAGAUCAAAAUCAACCGAGUAGCUGCCGCGUGUCGGAGACACACGAGCCACAGUGUACUCCAUCUUCUAUAAGAUCAAACAAAUCUCAUCGUUCAUAAGCAAGAACCCAACAACUAUAUAAUAGUACAAACAAAAGAAAAAUGGAGGCAGAGAAGAUACCACCGGCGACGACAACGACGGAGAAGAAACCUGAGCAAGAAGUGAAAAACGACGACUUGCCGACAAACAGUCCUUACGUGGACGAAUCUGGUAGCUUGGAAGAUUAUAAGAUGAAAGCUUAUGGAGCCCAAGGCCACCAAGAGGUUAAGGCUGGCCUCGGUGGUGGAUCUACCGAUGCUCCUACUCCUUCAGGUGGAGUAACCACUGCUACUGCUGAGAAAGCUCCUUGAAAGCUUUUAAAAUUGUAAUAAUGGGUUUCUUGGAUCGUCGAGAAAUGUACCAAGAUUUGUAGCCACUUUAUCCAAAUAACUUAUCCAAGUUUCGUUGGUAAGGGUUAUGUAUUUUAACUAAAAUGUAAUUGCAUGGUUUACUAUAAUUUCCGAGUCUCAUAAGCUGAAAUAAAUAUUAUCAUAUGUUACUUACGAAAUGUUUGUAACGAUUAUGUAUCUAAUACGAUCUUAUUUCCGGUUCAA